AUGGAGAACACCGUCGAUCAAGAUCUCCAGCGCGCUGAGGUCGAUGCCGGCUCACAGGCCCCUCACUGGAACGAGAAGCGUCGACAGUCAGCGGAGGCAGAGAGACCAGGUACAUCAGGCACUACGUCAACGGGAUCUAGUAGCUCCGUCGAGUACAAUCCGAAUUUCCACAGACUGCAGUCGCGAAACACAGAACUUGAUUUGGAGCGCAAUCGAACAAAUGUGUCGAGGUCUCUGAGCCGAAUUGAAACCCAGCGCCUGCAGCAUCAGCUUACUGUUGGUGAGAGUGUAAAGUCUCGAGCUUCUAAAGCGCCACUGCCAGCAUUUGGUGCGGGGAAGCCGUAUCCUCCACCUUUACCCAACCGCGAUGAUUACGUUGUGGAAUUCGAUGGGCCAGAUGAUCCUUUGUACCCCAAGAAUUGGCCAACAUUAACUAAAGUUUAUAUCACUGCUAUGCUUGCUUUUACGAGUAUUUGCUCUACUUUCGACUCUGCAAUUUUUAGCGCCUCGUCCGAAAAUGUCUCAGCCCACUUCCACGUCGGUCUCGAAGUCUCAGUUUUAUCCAGUACCCUAUACAUUGCCGGUUAUGCCUCGGGUCCUCUGAUCUGGGCCCCCCUAUCCGAGCUCAAAGGUCGUCGCCCCGGUAUUGUCGCAGCCAUGUUGGGAUUCGGUAUUUUCAACACAGCUGUCGCAGUCUCAAAAGAUAUCCAAACGCUCAUGAUCUGUCGAUUUUUCUCCGGUAUCUUCGGUAGUUCGCCUUUAGCAGUCGUUGCAGCCGUCUUCUCCGAUAUCUACGAUAACCGUACCCGUGGUGUCGCAAUUGCAUUCUUCUCCUCUACCGUGUUUUUGGGACCACUCAUCGCCCCUUUCAUCGGUGGCUACAUCAAUAUGUCUUAUCUAGGCUGGCGAUGGACAGCCUGGAUCCCCGCUUUCAUGGGAUACGCAGCUUUCGUACUGAACCUCUUCUUCUUGAAAGAAUCCUACCCACCCGUUGUGUUGGUUGAAAAGGCCUCGGAAUUGCGCCGCCGUACAAAGAACUGGGGAAUUCACGCAAAGCAAGAAGAAAUCGAGGUCGAUUUCCGGGAGCUGGUGGUUAACAACUUCUCUCGUCCACUUCGACUUCUCUUCCAGGAGCCUUUGAUCCUGGCUGUCACUAUCUACCUGAGUUUCAUCUACGGCCUGCUUUACUGCUUCUUGACAGCGUACACUCUUGUCUUCCAGGGCGUGUACGGCUUCAAUGCUGGAGAAAGUGGUUUGCCCUUGUUCGGCUUGGUUGUUGGUUUAUUUAUCGCCGCCGCAUACAUCAUUGCAACAGCCCCUGCCUAUAACCGGAAGCUAGAUGCUAAUGGAGGCAUGCCUAUUCCUGAAUGGCGUCUACCACCCGUUGUAGUCGGGGGUGCUCUUUUCGCCGCUGGUCUGUUCUGGUUCGGUUGGACUGGUUUCAGCGGCACCGUUCACUGGAUUGCACCUACACUGAGUGGUAUUUUCACCGGAUUUGGUCUUCUGAUCAUCUUCAUCCAGCUGUUCAAUUAUCUGAUUGACACCUAUCUCAUGUUUGCUGCCUCUGCUAUUGCCGCAAAUACCUUCUGUCGCUCUAUGGUGGCAGCAAGCUUUCCCCUAUUCUCUCGCCAAAUGUUCGAUGGCAUGGGCAUCCAGUGGGCUUCUACCCUUCUUGGAUGUGUUGCAGUUGCCCUUGUGCCCAUUCCAAUUGGGUUCUACUUCUUCGGAAAGAAAUUGAGAAUGAAGAGUAAAUUUGCUCCCUAUUUUGAGCCUGCCAAUGAGGCAGCUUGUGGGGAUCAAGAAGAGGAGGAAGAAGCCGAAGUUGUUGAAAAUUAA